AUGGCCACCCCAAAUACAAAUAGUCGACAAGCUUCCUAUACAUCCUACGAUGAUUAUGUGCGAUCUGAGUACGCGGAAUUCAUCAGUCCUGCAACAGCUGCCCUAAAAACCCACUGGCUUCAAGCGGUACUCAACCCAUUUCAAGAGCCUUCCUUCAACGAAGAAAUCUUCGACCAAGCCUUUGGUAUUUCCUUGCUUUAA